AUGUCAGAAGGCCCCAGUGGACGGCAAGUUCCACGCCGCAUCACUAAGCGGAAAGGAACCACUCGCGAACGGACGGGAUGCUUGACAUGUCGACAACGGAAAAAGCGAUGUGAUUUAGGCUACCCAGUCUGCACACAGUGCGUCCGGUUGAACUACAAGUGUAAAUGGGAGGAGCCUAGGCCUUUAGUCCAGGAAAGCACCCACUCCACAAAGCAAGUGUCAAAUCAAACAGUGAACAUACCUUUCCGGCUUUCGCAAGUACCAGAUCCUAUCCUGUUUUGGGUAGAUGAUCACUCCGAUAAUACCUCGCGCUCAAGUCGCCGCCAUUUCCUCCGGUACUAUGCACAGACCUUCACUCAUAUGCUCACGACAAAUAUCGAAAAUAACUCCUUUCUCUCCGUUUUUCUUCCAAUGGCAAUGCAAGACUCCGCACUGCUAAACGCCUUAAUUGCGUGGUCGUCAUCUCACCUUUCAUUACGAGAUCCCGCAUUCCAACAAGUCGCUAUGCAAAAUAGGCUCACGGCUAUGCGGGAUUUACGACUCUCGCUCGAAUCUAGCCCGGGAAAUGUGGAGAGUAAUCUUGCCAUCACAUUGGUCCUCUGCUCCAUGGAAAGUAUCAUGGCCGAUAACGACAAGGCAUGGUAUCUACAUCUGAUGGGGGCCGCGGGAAUUAUCUCAUCCCGGGUCUGUAUUGAAUCUGGGCUCGAUGGAACGAGCUCGUCGAAGCUUCUCCAAUCCUUUGAUGACGCUCACACGGGACGCUGGCUUCUGCGGAACUUCGCCUACCAUGAUAUACUGAUGGCAGUAGCCCUGGAUAGGGAGCCCUUACUGCCCUCGUAUUACUUUGUUCGGCUUGAUGAAGGCCCAUUGGCUGAUUCUUAUUUUGGCCUCGCUUCUGAGAUCCUGACUGUCCUUUAUUCGAUUACCUCCCUGAACAAAAAGGUCAAAUCUCUUAAUGCAGAUUUAUUACAUCCCGACACAUCCAGCAACAUUACUUCUCACAAAACGUACCCGUCAUCCAUGUCCGAGAUAGUAUCCACAUUCUCAUCGCUUGAGCUCCGGCUGCAGGAAUGGGUGUGCCCUCCAUCAAAUGAUGAAUCUCUGAUUCUCUUGGCAGAAUCAUAUCGCAGCUCGGCUCUUUUAUACCUAUACCGGGUUGUCCGUCGUGGUCUUCCGGGCCUUGAAGAAGGACUAUCGCCUAAGACUGCCCAUGAAGUUGCCACGGUGGUAACCAACAUCAACAAAAUGCCCACCCGAAGCCUACCCGAAUGUACAUUACUUUUCCCACUCUUCCUUGCAGGUGGCGAAGCCUCAGAGGAGUCACAUAUCAAAAGCAUUCGCCACAAGAUGCUGGAUAUGAUUGAGUCUCGUGGAUUCCGGAACGUAGAAGUGGCUCUUUCGGUUCUAGAAAAGCUUUGGCGGCUUAAUCUAGAGAGAAAGGCAACCCGCGCUACAAAAGGACCAGUUGAUUGGUUGGAUAUUGUUCUUCAAGAUGGAAUGCUACUCUCAUUAACCUAG